GCGGAGGUGGAGGCGGAGGCGGGCGAGCUAAGUCCGCGCUCGACGAGCGCCCAGCAGGAAGAGCAGCCGACGCAGCGAGCGGCCGGCGGGGACACCGCGCCGUCCGCUGACUUCGACACCAGCGUGCAACAGAUCAGAGACUGGGUGUCGGCGCAGUCGGCCAUGCUGCGCGCCCAGCCGGUCGCCGUGGGCGACGUCGAGGAUGUGCUGCACCAGCUCGACAAGCAGAAGGGCGUGUUGCGCGAGCUGGAGCAGAAGAAGCCGCAGCUGGAGGAGCUGGUGCAGGCGGCGGGCGGCCUGCGCGCCACAGAGAACCGCCAGCAGCUGCACGGCAAAGUGAGCGCGCUGCGGGAACACUGGGCGGAGGCGAACGCGCGCGUGCUGCAGCGCAAGGCGCAGCUGGACGCCAUGCUGGGCGACUCGCAGCGCUACGAGGCGCGCCGGCGGGACGCGGACGCCUGGCUGACGCGCAUGGAGACGCGCCUGGCCGCCAUGGCGCCGCCCGGACACACCGCUGACGUGCUCGACAUGCAGCUCAGGGACCAGAAGUCGUUCCACGCGGAGGUGCACCAGUACAAGCAUCAGAUCGAGCUGUUCGGUCAGCUGACGCAGCGCCUCAUCGCUGUCUACCGCAACGAUGACACUUCGCGAGUCAAACGCGCCACAGAGUCCAUCAACCACAGAUACACAGACCUCACCAACAGUAUCGUGGCGCGCGGGAAGGCGCUGCACUCGGCGGUGUCGUCGCUACAGAAUUUCGACCGCUCGCUGGAGAAGUUCGUGGGCUGGCUGAGCGAGGCGGAGUCGCUGCUGGAUGCUGCAGAGCGCGACCCUCAUCUGCUCAAGGAUUUGCAGUCAGAGAUCGAGACUCACCGCGAUGUAUACGCGUCGCUCACGGGAACAGGCCGUCGGCUGCUGGGCUCGUUGUCCUCGCAAGAGGACGCAGUCAUGCUGCAGCGCCGGCUGGACGAGAUGAACCAACGAUGGCACCAUCUUAAGGCCAAGAGCAUGGCCAUUAGGAACCGUCUGGAGAGCAACGCGGAGCACUGGUCAGCGCUGCUGCUUUCUCUGCGCGAGCUGACGGAGUGGGUCAUCCGCAAGGAGACCGAACUGACCGCGCUGGCACCCCCUCGCGGUGACCUCGCCGCGCUUCUCAAACAACAGGACGAUCACCGCGCGUUCCGGCGCCAACUGGAGGACAAGCGACCGGUGGUGGAGAGCAACCUACUGAGCGGCCGUCAGUACCUUGCCGCGGAACCUCUCGCCGACGCCAGCGACACUGAGCCGAGCCGCGAGAGCGAGGGCGACUCGCGCGGCUACCGGUCUGCGGAGGAGCAGGCGCGCGAGCUGGCGCGCUCCAUCCGGCGCGAGGUGGGCAAGCUGGCCGACACAUGGAACUCGCUCGUCGACCGCAGCGACGCCUGGGGCCGCUGUCUCGACGACGCUGUACAGCGCGUACGAGCAUUCACAACAUCACUGGAGGAGCUCGCCGCGCGUGUACAGGCGGCGGAGGCAGCCCGAGCGAGCUGGCGCGCGCCGGGCGACGCGAGGGAUGCGCGCGCGCAGCUCGACGCGGUGUCGCGGGCGCGCGCACAGCUUCCGCCCCUGCGCCGGCUGGCCGACGAGCUGCGGGCUCAGGCCCAGCACCUUGCUAGAGACAAUGUACAACUGCCUGACCACUUGAGAGCAAGACUCGACGACCUAAACGCUAGAGUGUCGGCUUUGAGCGCGGGCGGAGAGGAGCGCGCGCGGCAGCUGGCGGGCGUGGCGCGCGAUGGGGGCGCCGGCGCCGCUCAGGGCUUCCUCGCCGGCUCCGUGCGCCCGCCCUGGGAGCGCGCCGUCACACCCGCCAAUGUGCCCUACUACAUCAAUCACGAGCUGGAGACGACGCACUGGGACCACCCAAAGAUGAUCGAGCUGAUGACGUCACUGGCGGACCUCAACGAGGUGCGCUUCUCCGCGUACAGGACCGCGCUCAAGUUACGCGCCGUACAGAAGGCGCUCUGCAUGCACAUGCUGCAGCUGGGCGGCGCGCUGGACGCGUUCGACGCGCACGGCCUGCGCGCGCAGAACGACCGGCUCAUUGACAUCCCUGACAUGAUCACCGUACUCACUUCGCUCUACGAGGUGAUAGCUGCGGAGAACCCGAGUCUAGUGAACGUACCGCUGUGCCUGGACCUGUCGGUGAACUGGCUGCUCAACGUGUACGACAGCCAGCGCACCGGACAGAUCCGCGUGCUCAGUUUCAAAGUCGGCCUCGUGCUGCUCUGCAAGGGACAUCUCGAGGAGAAGUACAGGUAUCUUUUCCGUCUGAUUGCGGAUCCGUCCUGCCGCGCCGACCAGAGGAAGUUGGGCUUGUUGCUCCACGACUGCAUACAAGUUCCAAGACAGCUGGGCGAAGUCGCAGCCUUCGGAGGGUCCAACAUCGAGCCCUCAGUGCGCAGCUGCUUCGAGCAGGCCUCCGCCGCGGGCAGGGAGGGCGGCAAGUCGGCCACGCUCGACAGGAAGACAGUCGGAGAGAAGGACAAGGAAAAGGAGAAGGAGCGCGAGAAGGAGAAAGAGGACAAAGAGAAGAGCGUGGAGCGGGACGCGGAGGGUCAGCUGCAGCACAUCGAGGCGUUCCACUUCCUGCAGUGGCUGCAGAAGGAGCCGCAGAGCAUGGUGUGGCUGCCCGUGCUGCACCGCCUGGCCGCAGCUGAGGCCGCGCGCCACCAGGCCAAGUGCAACAUCUGCAAGGACUACCCCAUCGUCGGCUUCAGGUACCGUUGCCUGAAGUGCUUCAACUUCGACAUGUGCCAGAAGUGCUUCUUCAGCGGCCGCAAAGCCAAGAACCACAAGCUGACGCAUCCCAUGCAGGAGUACUGCACCGCGACGACGUCUGGCGAGGACGUGCGCGACUUCACUCGCGCGCUGCGCAACAAGUUCAAGUCUGCGCGCUACUUCAAGAAGCACCCGCGCGUCGGCUACCUGCCCGUGCAGACCGUGCUCGAAGGAGACGCGCUGGAGUCUCCGGCGCCGUCCCCGCAGCACGGGGGCGGGGCGGGGGGCGGGCAGGGUGCGGGGGGCGCGGCAGACGACAUGCACUCGCGCCUCGAGCUGUACGCCUCCCGCCUCGCCCAGGUCGAGCUCGGCGCACGCGCUGCUGACACGCCCGACAGCGACGAGGAGCAUCAGCUGAUAGCGCAGUACUGCGCCUCCUUGAAUGGCGGCGGAGACGCGGAGGACGCGCCGCGCUCGCCUGUGCACGUCGUCUCCGGCAUCCACCGCGAGCAGAGACACGAGCUGGAGGCCAUGAUACGCGAGCUGGAGGAGGAGAACGCGAGCCUGCAGGCGGAGUACGAGCGGCUGAAGGCGAAGCAGACGCCGGGCUCGACGCCGGAGGAGCCGCUGGGCGAGCGCGGCGGCGCCGGGGAGCAGGACAUGAUGGCGGAGGCGCGGCUGCUGCGCCAGCACAAGGGCCGCCUCGAGGCCCGCAUGCACAUCCUCGAGGAGCACAACCGCCAGCUCGAGGCGCAGCUGCAGCGCCUGCGCACUCUGCUGCACGAGCCGUCAGGUUCCCCGCCGGCGCGGACCGGCACGCUGCAGACGCGCUCGGUGACCGCCUCGCAGCUCGCCACCGACUCCCCCGCCAAGCUGCACAACGGACUCUACCACGACCCGCACGCAGCAGGUGGCGGGCGCGGGGAGCGUGAGGAGCGUCCUCCGCCGCCGCCGCACGCGCUGCACUCCCUCAUGCACUGCGCAGAUGAUCUCGGUCGCGCCGUAGAAGAGCUAGUGUCGGUGAUGUCUGAGGAGCAGCCGGGGCCGGCCGCACCGCCGGACUACGCCAACACCAACGGCAACACUAACAGCAACGGCAACAGCAAGGCCGCAGACAGCGACACCAAGGAGUAGCCGCUGCUCCGCUCUGCAUUCACCACUCGGUGCUGCCUGCGGCGGGGACUUGUCUAGUGGUCCUCGCUCGCGGCUAGAUUCCCGCGCUCUAGCAACACUUUAUCACGCCAAAGAGUUUUUGCUACAAUGGUAUUGCUGCAUCUUUGUUAUAGCAACACUAAACUUCUAUAAAAACUCCCCGAAAUGGGGAGAAAAACUCAAAGCUCUAAGCAGAUGGCGCUAGCGUCGUGUGGACUGUCAGCUGUCAAACUUUUAUACGUCCUUCUAGCGAUUUAAAAAAUGCAUUCCUUUUUUCAAUUUUUAAUCAUAAAUAAUUUAUGAAGCAAAAUUUUUUUUUAAAGAAAUUGAAAGGAAAUCGUUGCGAUGACUACAUUCCACAGAAUACUUUAUAAAUAAAAUAAAGUGUUUCCUAUGUGUGUGGUAUGUUUAGUGCAACUUCCGCUUUUGUUUGUGCUGACAUCUAUAAUGAGCAAAUGGUAGUUUUUCUCCCCUUUGCACUAAUAUAUUAUAUUUUUCAAACUAAUCUACCACAUUCGAAGCCAUUAAAGGUCUCUCGUAAGGUUAAUUGAGAUAUACCUACAUAAAUGUACUUUUUUCUGAGCAAUUAAUGAGUGUUGUGGUAGUUGUAUACUAAUUUUCGGCUCAUCACUAACACCAGCGCACGUCCUGUGUCGUACCACCUUAUUAUACAAGAGCACUAACACUUCAUGAUCAGCUACUAAAAGCGAGCCCGCCCGCGCUCUGCGGGAGUCAGGUCAGGUCCGGCCAUGCGGGGCUAAGUGCGGCGACAGUUAGCCCCUAAUGUCUGCGGGUUCGCGGGACGAUAUCGUAUGCAACGCUUAUUGUAUAAAUAAGGGCAUGCCAUUGUUGCACUACGCGUCGUGAUUGAGUCAUUACUAUUUAUUCUUCGCUUUAUCGAACUAUUUAUCUAUUUUUACUCGCGGCGACACUUCCGUGUUGCUGGAGCGCGAAUCUCCACUCGAAAAAGACAAAAUGUAACGAGCAUUUAUAUACUUACUUAAAAUGUACCAAAAUUGUCUAUAAAACAUUUAUUAAUCGUUUAAGUACAUAUCUUGUUAGUACAAUCUUCAUGUAAUCAUAUCACUUUGUAAAUUGUGUCAUAUCAUUUUGCUGUGUAUAAAAUUGACGCGUGUAAAAAUAAAUCAGGAAUAUCAAACGAAUAGCGAGUCGAUUUUUUGUUGCAAUCGAGAUAUCGAACGAGACGGCUUCAUAUCAGCUUUAAAUAUCAGAACUUUAGCUUUAAAUGACCUGUUUUGAGACAUUUUAUGAAACCGGUUGAUUGUAACCAAAGGCGGGAGGGACGCGGCCUAUGUUUUAGGUGAAGUAUAGAGGAAGUGGGUCACGAAGUUGUGUGCCGGAGUAGCGUAGUGUAGACAAAUAUCCGUGCUUGUUGUAUGUUACAUGUUAUCGAUUUAUCCAAAAUGUAUCGUUAGUUGGAAUAUAAAUAAUCAAGCUUCUACGCGGCGUAGAUUUUUCUGCGCGGGAAAGUUCCCAUCGCAAUUGUUGCUUAACUUUUGAAUAUUUUUAAUGAAGUUUGUACAAUAUUUGCGUGAAGAAUAUAUAAAACAUAUCUGAAGCUUUUAAAACAUAUCAUUGUUGUAAUUGUUUGCGAAAGUUAACCAAAAUGCAAACAUUUUUAUAUGUCUCUCCAAAUAACGAUUAGUUUAUUUUUAAUGACAUUGUUAUUUGAAUCGUGCGAAUAUAAUGAAUUUCAAAAGCAAGAAGUUUUAAUUAAUUGACAUGGCAAGACAUUGUGAUGGGAACUAAACCUCUAUCUCCUAUUAUUUGGGGUCUGAAGCAGUAGAGACUAAACAUUUUAGAGUAAACAUGUAUCCAAAAGUUUUUUCCACUAUCCACGACAUGUCUUUUGUAGGGUAUUUGUACGGAUGCGAUUAUUUUCAUAUCGCGGUCCGUUUUCAGAGGUUUUGUAAGUUGUCUACUGUAAGGCGCCUACCUUUUAGAUAAGAUAUAUUCGAGAGAUGACUUUUAUACGACUGUUAAGUGAACUGUUGAAGCUAACUAUAUAAUUAAGUACUUCCGAUUUAACCAUAUCAGGUUAUCAGUUUAUAUUUUAUUGACGUGUGCCGACAUUUUGUUUUUUUGUAAGCGACAAGAGGCAGCACGAAAUGUUUUUGACGCUGGCAACUAUUUACUUGUUCUUAUUAUUAUUUGGCUAAUAUAGAUGUUAAGAAAAAAAGCACAAUUUAUUGUAACCUUAACGAAUGAAAUAUUAUUAUAAAAUCUACACUAAUUAUAUUGUUAUUAAUAUUAUUUUA